AUGGAACCAAUUAAAAAGUGUUUAUUAAUUAGGAACGUUUCGAACAAUUUUCAUUCUCAAUUCGAUUCAACAAGCCUUACAUUGAAAUUCAGGAUUGAUUUUUAUAGAGUCGUUGUUUUAUUACUAAAUAAAGAUUCAAAGUUCUCAGUAAAUAAUCAUGCCGAAGAUAAAUAUCAUCAAGGAAUUUGUUUUCUAAAAUCUUGCGUUUCUGAUGCUUGCCAAAAGCACUCACGUAAAGAUGAAAACUGA